GAUCUAAAACAGCGCCAAAAUGAGCACAUUUCUGCAACUCUAGCAUUAGAGCGGCAUUCAGUCUCGUACUGGAUUUCAAAGCGUCCAAAAGCGAUAGUUCUCACUCAAUGGACCAAGUUAAGAGCAAAGUGCAGCCAAUUAGAAGGAAAUUAAAAAUUAUAUUGUAACUGUAUCCGGUGUGUUUUUAAAGUGAAAGCAUUCAAAUUUUGCCCGAUUCUUCUGCUGCUUAGCUGCUGCGCCGCUACCAAUGCUGCGAAUGCGCCGACGCCUGUCAUUUUCUAGAGCUGUUAAUUGAAUUUCAAAACAGCGCGAUGCUGUUUGCGCGCGGUAUAGGCCAACGCCAGCGAACCCGGUUUUUCGUGAAUCUGCAAUACAUAAAAACAAGCUACAAUUAAAAAACAAAAACAACAAGCGCACACAAUACAUAUAACCAAAACCAUAGAGCUUAGCGGAGGUGGAGAGCGGUGACCGCAGCAUUUGGGGAAGUAUUUGAAUUACUUUUCGUUUGAAUAGGAAUUUAACUUGCAAAUAGCCGAAUUCCAAGUCGCUAAAACGUCUUAUACAAUUUUUUAGGCGACAGCAGCCAUAACAAACACAGAAACAACAAGAUUAAUACAAAGAUGAAACAAUAAAGAAGAUACGAAGACAACUGUUUAAUGGGCUAAAGAUGCGAUAACAACGUUGGGUUGAUCCACAACAACAAUAAUAACGAUGACAACGCCAAUGAUAAAAUGAUUAGCGACCACACCAACAUCACUUUCUCUUUCAACAGGGAACGCACGCCACCGCCUAUAGUCGAGCGCCGCAACCGCGACCGCCACGGUUAGCCCAGAUAUUUUAGCGGUGCUGAGCCCUCUGUUUGGUUCGUGAUUGCAAAAGCGCGUGCGUGCAUACGCGUUCCCUCACAGAUCAACUACUCGAAACUGGUAGUGUUAAUUGCUGGUGACGGCAAUGUCUCUUCUUCUUCCACUGCCAACAACAAAGUAACACCGGCAUCCAACUGUGGUUUUUUUUCUCAGCACCAAAUCGAGUCAGCCGCGAGCUGCGACGUAGACGACAAAAGACGCUUGAGUAAUGGCGCAGCAGUCAGUCAAGCAGCAAUCAGCAGCCAGCCAGCGCAAGCCAAACGUUCAGCCAAUAUGUUAGCCAUCUAGCCGGGUUGGUCAAUCGACCGCAGUCAUUGCAAAGUCAGUCAGUCGAGCAGUUUACAAAGAAGCGGUCCAAAACCGCUGCCGUCAUCAUCGAAUAUACACACACAUACACUCGCGAGGAAUUUUAGCAGCUCUACCCCGCAACAUGGAACCGCUCUUGGUGUUUUCACUGUUACUAUUAACCGUCUUAUCGCUCAUCUGCAUUUUCUUGCGACGCAAACAACAAUACUGGGAAGCUCAAGGCAUACCCCUACUGAAACCUUUCCUCUUCUUCUACUACGGACGCGGACGUAUUGGCACCGAUUGCCAUGCAAUCGAUAUACCCAACGAAGUGUAUCAGCGUUACCGCGAAACGGGCGUACCACUGGCGGGUAUGUUCAUGCUCAGCGAUCCGCUUAUCAUACUGCUCGAUUUGGAGCUCAUUAAGCAUGUGCUGAUUAAGGAUUUCGCAAACUUUAGCUAUCGUGGUCUCUAUCACAAUUUGCGCGACGAUCCGUUGAUGGGUAAUCUCGCCGCAAUUGAUGGUCCUUACUGGAAACGUUUGCGCGCGAAGCUGACACCAUCCUUCACAACUGGUAAAAUGAAGUUCAUGUAUCCGACACUCAUCAAAGUGGGCGAGCAAUUGGCAGAUGUGGUUGAUGCCCGUAUCAGCCGCGAUGGUGUGCUGGAUGUAAAGGAUCUCGCCGCUUGCUACACCACCGAUGUGAUUGCGAGUUCUACUCUUGGCAUUGAGUGUGAUAGUUUACAUGAUCCACUUGAGGACUUUCGUCUCAUCACCGUGAAGUUCUUUGAGGAAUAUAGUGUAACGCGGGAUUUGAUCAGUCAGCGACUGCCGCAGCUCGCUAAGUUUCUGCACUGGACUAAUACGCCGAAAGUUGUCACGGACUUCUAUAUCAAAGUUGUUCGUGAUAAUAUUGCCUACCGUGAGGAGCAUAGUAUUGUACGGCAGGACUUCUUGCAAAUCAUGAUCGAUCUCAUUAAAACGGAGUCGCUGACAAUGGAAGAAAUCGCCGCACAGGUGUUCGUUUUCGUAAUUGCGGGCUACGAGACCACAUCAACGACCAUGACAAACUGCCUGUGGGAGCUUGCGGUGAAUGAGGAUAUACAGGAGUUGGUGCGUGAAGAGAUUGUUCAGGUGUUGCAGGAGCAUGACGAUGUGCUCACAUAUGAUUGUCUCAAGAAGAUGACCUACCUAGAUCAGACGCUUAAAGAAACACUUCGGAAACAUCCCAUCGCUCCCGCACUGAAGCGUGUUGCCUUCGAAGACUAUAAAGUACCUGGCACCAACUUCAUCAUCAAAGCCAAUACCACCGUGCUCAUACCAACCGAGGCGAUACAGCAUGAUCCCCGCUAUUUCCCCGAACCAGACAAAUUUGAACCAAUGCGCUUCACAACCGAAGCGAUGGAACAGCGACAUCCCAUGACAUUUUUGCCAUUCGGCGAUGGACCACGCAACUGUAUCGGUUUACGUUUCGGACGCAUGCAAGUGCUCAUCGGCUUAGUGAUGUUACUGCGCAAGUAUCGCUUUAGUGUCGCCAAAACCACGCCAAUACCGAUUGUUUACGACAAGACCAUUUUAUUGCGCGCUCCCAAGGGUAAAGUAGAGUUGAAAUGUGAGCGUCUCGUGGCGGACAACCAUGUGGUUAAUGUGGGCAAGCGCGGCGUAGAAAUUGCGGAAAAUUUCGUCAUGACUAUAGGGGAGCGACGUGAGUUCGCUUAUGGUGAACGAAAUAAAUAGUGCGGGAAGAAAGGGUUAUAUAAAAAGCUUAUGAGCUCAAAACUUAGUUUGAAAGCUUGAAUAGAAGAAGUGAGCUUGAGAAAGCUUAAGAGCACAUAAGAUUUGGGCCCAAAUUUUAACGAGGUUGUGAAACUGUGAGUUGAAAACUAUUAGAGGCACAUAUUUUUGUUUUCAAAAAUUGUUAAAAAUAUUUUUUUUAAUUUUUUAUAUCAGUUUUUGAACAAAACUUUAAUUUAAGGCAGCGGUGAAAACUAAAAGAUUUAUGAAAGUGU